GAGGAACUUUUCUGAGCAAGUUUCUUCAUCACUUCGCCAUAGGACCUCAUCAUGAGUCGUCCAGCCGGAUCAUCUCUCCAAUUCAUCUGCAAACAGUGCCGCCAUACGCUGAGGAGGAAAAUAGGUCAAGAUGCGCGACGCUUCACGACAACGCGCCUGCUCGAAUCACGUGCAUUGCCUACCUUCAAGCCGACUUCCUCACCAGAACUUGAUGGGCUUCUGUCCACGAUUCGUAUGAAAUACUUCCUGCCUCAGUAUCUCAAUGAGCACCAACGCAAGCUCAUUCGGUCCAGUAAGCUUAGAUCACAAUUGGAGAAUGACCCAGUGUACGCUACAUUUGGGGAUGAGGAGAUACGUCUUCAGCAUAUGGAUAUAGCAAACGAAAUGCCACGAAAGUCAGCAUUCCUCAAGGCUAUAAGUCUCUUCGCAAGCGAGGACUGGAAGAAUCUCCCAAGCUUGCUAGAAGGCUAUCAUCACGCUAAAGCGAAUUUAGACCCGCAAUGGCUCGGAUUGAUGAUUCAAAUGGCGAGAGAAGCUGGCGUGAUGAAUAUCGUGGUGCAGUGCCUUGCCCAAGUAGAGCGAAACGGUCUCUCGCUAGGGAUACCGACGGUGAGGGAACAGAUUUUGUUGGGUAUUCGGCAAAUUGCAAGAGAAGCAAAAUGGGAUGUAGAAGGUACGAAGACGCUGCGAAAGGCGGAGCAUGUUCUGCGACACAUGGAACAUCCAGCGCACUGCGGCAGUCGCACAGUUUCCGAUCAGGACCCCCGUGCCGAAGCCUAUGUUGUCGCUAUUCCGCUUGAGCUGGCGGCACGCCAAGCCAUCAGAGCUGGUAGAGACGAGAGAAACAAGGUGGAAAUAUACUCGAAUCGCCUCAUUGCAGCCCUAGCACAACAGAAGAGCGCUUUAGUAUGCCCAUCUGAAGAUCGUGAAAGCAUUUUUUUUUUUUAAAUUUACUGACAUAUCUGCAGACCGAAACGGCUUGCUGGAGACUUGGAAAUAACCUUGUCAAGCCUUUGAACAUCAAGAAAGCGGUAGAGUCACUGGAUUUGCUUGUCGCAAAAUUCAUACCUGUGCAGAGCGCUCUUAAGCUUGCGCAACAAUUACGGGGCGAUAGCUGGACAGAUGACGAAAGAGCCUUUGUCGCAUAUCUUGUCAAGCAGAUUGAGCAAAAGCUCGAUGCUGCUGUUCAGGAGGUUUCUAAGUAUGCGAGCUCAGGAGUUGAGAUGAAAAUACCUGCCAUUGAUGAAUGGCGACAUGUCGAACACUAACAGUGUAUCUGCCUCUUUGACGGACCGUUGUGCGCUUUUUAAGUCAGUCGCUGUACAACCUGAGCCAGAAGAAUUGCACUUGAUUUAGGAGGCAACGAGUAGUACUUGUUUGUAUCGGUAUAAUUUUGAUUAAGUUUUUGCAGUCGUUCAAUUUCUGUAUUAAGAAUGUAUGCAAAUGCCGAUAUGUAGUGGGCUAGCCGCAGAUAUUGUACGCUGUCUCGCACUCGUCUCCAUGAAUAAAACACCUGCUAUUUACUGGC